CCCGAAACCCUAGCCGGUCCUUGGCCUUGUCCCGGUCGCGCCGCUCCCGUCGCCUCUUCCGCGGAAGCCGUCCUCUGCGCGUCGGCGGCGGUGGAGAUGGCCUCCUCGUCGGCAUCUUCGAGGCACCAGGUCACCAUCACCCUCGGCCGCAGCGGUCAGGUUGUUAAAAGGAGGACUAUAUCUGAUGAUAUUAACGGCGAUGAAAUGCCAUUGUCGGGGAAAAAACGAUCUGUGAGGGAUAGGUUAGGAAGUAAUGUGUCUGAUUCUGAUUUUUAUGGAAGCCAGCAGAGGAACAAAAGGCAACAGACAGAAAUUAAUAGCUCACAUGGAGAUGAUGGUUCAGAUCGCUUGGUUGGCAAGGAUGAUCUGAGACUGAAACUCAUGAGGAAAGGCUCGUUUCAGAGGAGCAAUGGUGGUGCAGAACAGAAUACAAUGGAUCUCCGUGAAAAGCUUUCCCGAAAUCAUAAGAAGUUGCCAAGAUAUGAUUCUAGAGGCCAUGCUGCAGAAUCAAGGGCUAGUUAUGAUAUGAGAGAUGAGCCACCAGAGUUAAGGUCCAGAUAUUUUUCAAGGGAGGAUGUCCUAGGGUCAAGGAACUCUUCUGUUGUAAGUCGAGUUCCUUAUUCAAGAACUGCGGAUGACUUGUUAAAAUCGAACCCUUCAAGAAAAUCUUACCCCUCAUGGACAGACGAUGGUUUGAGGCACAGAUCACCUGAAAGGAUUUUAAGUGUUCGUAGUGAUGUGUCUCCACCAGUAGGUUAUGAUCAGAUUAGGUCCAUGCCACCACUUAGAUCUGCCGGUUCCUCAAGACCUCAAAGUUUUAUUACAAGAGGUGCUCCUGAUACGCCAAGGAGUCAACCAUAUGCUGGCAAAGCCACCAUUUCUGUUGAUACAGUACAGAGAACUAAUGGGAUCACUCCAUCUAGUGCACCUUUGCCUAAGGUCCCUGUUAUGGCUGAAGCCCCGCUUACAGUUACUGGAUUGUUGAAUUCGUUGGGUCUUGAGAAGUAUAUUGUUCUCUUUCAGGCUGAGGAGGUGGAUAUGGCUGCAUUGAGGCAAAUGGGGGAGAGUGACCUCAAAGACAUGGGGGUACCUAUGGGCCCGAGGAAGAAGAUUCUCCUUGCAGUUGGCCCUCAGUCGAAACAACGGCAAAUAUGAGCAACAUGGUGUGGGACUUGCGAGCAUUUGUUGGCAACUGAAAAUAUUGGUGCAAGAACGCCAGAUAGCAGAUAUUGUAUAUCAAUCCAUAUUGUCUGUCUCAAUCCACUCUUUUGUUGCUGAUGGCGUUGUUUCGUGCCGUAGUUGACACCAUGUAAAGUCUAUUCAGCCAGCUGUUAAUCUAGGUUCUAUCAUUCAGUCUGCCUGCCCACUGUUAUUGUUUCGAAACGGGUGGAUACGUGUGGUUUACUCGUGACGAUUAGUUUGGAAUGGAUGCUACGUUCGAUUC